GUCAUGUCAUAACGACAGUCUCAUGGCGCCACUGUCAAAGUGUUACCAAAUACCAUAACUAGCAAUAAUGACAAAUGGAACAAUAACUGAAUAAAUAAUUAGCACAGAACAUGAAUUUUGAUUGUUAUUUACAUCUGUUGCGCUGCAAUGCAUGCUAGGAGGCAUGUUGGACAACAACAGUGUUGACAGCAGGUUGCAGAAGAGAUUGACUGUCUCCCCCAAGGGAGCAGUGAUGGACAAAUGAAGCUUCUAGAAGCAAUGAAGCUUAGCAGCCAAUUAGUUCAAAGCUUCAUGGUGGUUCAUUUGGUCUUCUGACCGUCGUAAGAUGCCACGGUCUAAUGAAGUGUUACCGGUUAAUAUCUUAUGGUGUAAAUAUCCCAUAAUACAGUGAGGACAGCUGCGGCCUAUAGUCCAGUGCGGCUUAUCUAUGGACAAAUGGCGUUUUUGUGUCACAUUUGGUGGGUUGCGGCUUAUAGUCCGAAAAUUACGGUAUUUAGUCAACCACGAAUUGUGCAAGUUCUCCCACUUUAAAUUUUUAGAGAGGCCUGUAAUCGUCAACACGGGUAAACCUCAACCAUGAGAGACAGAAUGUGGAAGGAAAAAAAAAAAAGAAAAUCACAUUGUUUGAUUGAUUUUUAACAAAUUUAUUUGCAAAUCAUGGUGGAAAAUAAGUAUUUGGUCAAUACCAAAAGUUCAUCUCAAUACUUUGUUAUGUACCCUUUGUUGGCAAGAACGGAGGCCAAACGUUUUCUGUAACUCUUCACAAGCUUUUCACACACUGUUGCUGGUAUUUUGGCCCAUUCCUCCAUGCACAUCUCCUCUAGAGCAGUGAUGUUUUGGGGCUGUCGUUUGGCAGCACGAACUUUCAACUCCCUCCACAGAUUUUCUAUGGGGUUGGGAUCUGGAGACAGGCUAGGCCACUCCAGGACCUUGAAAUGCUUCUUACGAAGCCACUCCUUUGUUGCCCUGGCUGUGUGUUUGGGAUCAUUGUCAUGCUGAAAGACCCAGCCACGUCUCAUCUUCAAUGCCCUUGCUGAUGGAAGGAGAUUUUCACUCAAAAUCUCUCGAUACAUGGCCCCAUUCAUUAUUUCCUUUACACAGAUCAGUUGUCCUGGUCCCUUUACAGAAAAACAGCCCCAAGGCAUGAUGUUUCCACCCCCAUGCUUCACAGUGGGUAUGGUGUUCUUCGGAUGCAAUUCAGUAUUCUUUCUCCUCCAAACACGAGAACCUGUGUUUCUACCAAAAAAAGUUCUAUUUUGGUUUCAUCUGACCAUAACACCAUAACUCUAGCGAACCUCAGACGGGCCUGGACAUGUACUUUCUUCAGCAGGGCGACACAUCUGGCAGUGUAGGAUUUGAGUCCCUGGCGGCGCAUUGUGUUACUGAUAGUAGCCUUUGUUACUGUGGUCCCAUCUCUCUGUAGGUCAUUCACGAGGUCCCCCCAUGUGGUUCUGGGAUUUUUGCUCACCGUUCUUGGUAUCAUUUUGACGCGGCAGGGUGAGAUCUUGCAUGGAGCCCCAGAUCAAGGGAGAUUAUCAGUGGUCUUGUAUGUCUUCCAUUUUCUAAUAAAUGCUCCCACAGUUUGUUUUCUUUACACCAAGCGUUUUACCUAUUGCAGAUUCAGUCUUCCCAGCCUGGUGCAGGUCUACAAUUUUGUCUCUGGUGUCCUUCGACAGCUCUUUGGUCUUGGCCAUAGUGGAGUUUGGAGUGUGACUGACUGAGUUUGUGGACAGGUGUCUUUUAUACCGAUAAUGAGUUAAAACAGGUGCCAUUAAUACAGGUAACGAGUUGAGCCUCGUUAGACCUCGUUAGAAGUUAGACCUCUUUGACAGCCAGAAAUCUUGCUUGUUUGUAGGUGACCAAAUACAUAUUUUCUACUUUAAUUUGGAAAUAAAUUCUUUAAAAAUCAAUCAAUCAAUGUGAUUUUCUGUUUUUUAUUCCCACAUUCUGUCUCUCAUGGUUGAGGUUUACCCAUGUUGACAAUUACAGGUCUCUCUAAUCUUUUCAAGUAGAACUUGCACAAUUGGUGGUUGACUAAAUACUUAUUUGCCCCACUGUAUAAGGAAAGUAAGCCCUUCUCAUGAUGUGAGAGUGUCACAUUUACUAAAAUGGACAGUGGUGGUUCCGAUUCAACCUGUUUGUAUUUUGAAAUCAUAAAAUGUUUUACCUGCAAAUAUUUAAAAAAUGUUUUUUAGGGAUAUGAGCCAAGGCAAACAAUGAGUUAAGGCUACCAAAGCAAAACACAAUCCAAGAUUCUCCCAAAAGUGGGGCGCUUGAACCAAGAGUGCUAAUGCAGCGCUUUACCUGCCAUGGUUGCGCUUACUCACUUUUAACACAGCAAGGGAGCAGGAAACAAUGCCACAGUGAGGUUGUGCUGAGUCAGAGGUCAGCCUCUUAACCCUAACAGCACAAUGGUCACUACAGUGGACUGCUUUUCAAAAGUUGACACUUAGGACUUAACCCUUUAUAAGGCAAGUGACUAUUUUUUAGUUAUUUAAAAAAAAAAAAAAAAACGUACAUACAGUGGUACCUCGACUUACAAUUGCUUCGCUCCACGAGCUUUUUAACGUCCGACAUAAAAUUUGAUUCGCCGUUUGUUAAGAUAUUCGACGACAUGCUCGAAGUACGAUGACAUGACAGCUCCGCAGACUGACACACAGUGGAUUUUCUUGUGAGAGAAAUCAGCUACAGGUUCCAAGAUGCUUAGUGCAGGUGGUGCAGGGCAGGAAAAAAGGGAAAAGGGUGACUCUGACCAUUGAAAUGAAGGUGAAAACGAUAAAACGAUAGAAAAAUAUAAGCGCAGGGUACGCAUCCCUUGACUGGCUCAACAAUAAGGCUGUACAGUGUGCGAUCUUGAUGGUCCUCCUCCGACCUCUGUUUGCCAGUCUUCAUAAGUUAUUAUUGUGGUAACAACGCCAGCUUCGUCAAGUUUUUAUCAUUUAUUUCAGGACUUGUGCAACACAACAUGCCGACUCGCCGCUGCAGAUGAACAUGAAAAGUGGAAGUAAAAAAGCAAUACACAUUUGCCACAUUAGAACCCGAUUCAUUACAUUAUAACAGGUAUCAUUGUUAUUAUUAUUAUUAUUACUACUAUUAUUCCUGUUUGUAUUUCUAAUUUAUUUUACUUUGCUUUGUGUAGUUGCUAUUUGCAAUAGUACCAGCAGUAUUAAUAAUGAUUUAGUGUAGGUUUUUGGGCUGUGGAACAAAUUAGUGGCAUUAUAAUGCAUUCUUAUGGGAUAUCCCUGCUCGACAUAUGACCAUUUUGACUUGCAAACCAGGUCCUGGAACGAAUUAACUUCGUAUGUAGAGGUACCACUGUAUUAGUAAUUAUUAUUAUUAUUAUUAUUAUUAUGCAGUAUAUAUUUUUUUCAGGCAUAUAUGGUAGUAUCAUACUAAAGCACAUUCAAGUAACAAUUUUACUUUGAGUUGAAUUUUGAAAGCUAUAUAUUUUACACGACUUAAUAGAAAAUUGCCAUCAUUGUAUCAAAUGGCUGGAAAUGGGACUCCCUUUUAGAACCUCCUCCCCUUAAGAACCAACCUCCUAAUGCCCAAUCCAAACAUCAUCUUCCAAACGCUGGCUUGCUUUCAUUUUCUAAGGGGUAUUUUUUAGAAAAUUAGAGUUCCAUUUUACAAUAGUGCUUUUGUAAAAUGGCAAUAGAAAAUAUUGAAUAGCUACACUAGUGCGGCAACACAGGUGACUUGAUACAAAUACUGGGUUCCCUACAUCUCAUUGCUGGCAUUGCUUGAGCACUCACCUUGCCCUAUCGCGCCCCUAUCGGACCUAUCUUCCCUCCUCUUAUCGGUUGUUAAUACUCCCCCCCAGCAAACAUACACCGUAUCCUUUGUUAAGAACAGUCAGAUCACGAUAGCACCGCUACUUACAAUAGCACACUGUACCGUGUUUAUUUAAUGAUUUUUUUCUUUCUGUUAUUCUGUUUGCUCUUUCUUCCUCACUCUCCUACCAGAACUCUUUACUGUCUGUUGCUUUCUGUGAAUAAACAACACAAUAUCAACAACUACAAUGGGAGUGCACCAAAUUCUGCAGCCUAUAAAGAUACAUUCCCAUUCUCCACGUCCAAUCAGCUGAAUAGGAAAGGCUUUAAAUGAAAAAAUAUAAUACUAUCCUAAAAAAUCGAAUAAAAAAAUUCCUGCAUAAAAAAGGUAAAUAAGGGAGAAAGUACUAAGUAGGAAACACAAAGCUUUCGAUGCAUUCACGCUGCUUUGGGUUGGUUGCUUGCAUUGUUUUAGAUGUUCAAAUGAUCCCGUGCCCGUGAUGGAACGGAACUAUGGAUGCAAUUUAAGUCUGCUUGAAUCUGUGGAGCGGUGAGCCUCCUAUGUCUGGAAUUAAAGCUGUAAAAAGAGACAUUAGGUUCCAUUUUUAAGACUUGCCGGCUUGGAUUUAGUCAUAAAGGAAGUGAAGGGAAAUAUGGGCAAUUAAUGACUUGCCAUAAUAUCUUUUGUCUAGUAAUAUUAUAGAUGGCAUUUGAGAUCUUUAUUAUCCCUUUUUGGACCUUUUGGUAUCAUAAGAAUUAAAAAAAAUAAUUACCAGCUUAAAAAGAGCAUUCAUAACAUCCAAAAUGUAAUUCUUAAAUGAAAUAUAUCCCAUUUUAUGAGAUACAUUUUUCAUUGGACUGUUAUAUGCAUUUUGCACAUAAACAAUACAAAUGAUCACUUCUGUGCAAAAUUAAAAUGAAAAGUGCAUUGACCAACUUUGUUAAAGUAGUACAUUCUGUUUGGAAAUGUAAAGAUAGAGCAGCAAAGAAAUUUAGAGAUAUAAAUGAAACAUUUAAAAAUAUUCACCUUCUGUAACUUAAUUUAGAGGAUAAUGCCCUACCCCUUUCUAAAUUUUGCUUGUUUUACACAGUUUCACUACUUUGUUUAAAAUUGUCAAUCAACUUUCAAUAUAACUCAGUAUUAUCCCAAGUAUACUAGUACAUAAAAUAUUGAUUUAUUCAAAGCACUCUAUGUGCAUAUUUUUGAGAGGGGGUAGAAAAUAACCAAAAAUCCCAAUGAUGUCAGUAUUUUUUUCAAUAAUAUUUACUAGCAAUAAAAGUGUAAACAGCCAUGUUCAAAUUUCAGGUUUUUGUCAUUUUAAAAAAAAAAUGAACCAGGAGUGUAAUUUCAAAGCUUUUCCAUGCAUUGUAAUCUCAUGUGAUUAUAAAGAAAAUAUACUUUAUUUUCAUUAGUUUCAUCAUUGCCCGAUUGUUUUGCAAAAUUGUGCACAUUCUUUUAUACAGUGGGGCAAAUAUACGUAUUUAGUCAACCACUAAUUGUGCAAGUUCUCCCACCUGAAAAUAUUAGAGGCCUGUAACUGUCAACAUGGGUAAACCUCAACCAUGAGAGACAGAAUGUGGAAAAAAAAAAACACAAAAUCACAUUGUUUGAUUUUUAAAGAAUUUAUUUGCAAAUCAUGGUGGAAAAUAAGUAUUUGGUCAAUACCAAAAGUUCAUCUCAAUACUUUGUUGUGGACCCUUUGUUGGCAAUAACAGAGGCCAAACGUUUUCUGUAACUCUUCACAAGCUUUUCACACACUGUUGCUGGUAUUUUGGCCCAUUCUUCCAUGCAGAUCUCCUCUAUAGCAGUGAUGUUUGGUCCGUUUCUCAUUGCGUCCCGAAGACCGCGCUGUGUAUUAGUUCCGCUUUACUUGACAUAUUUCAGUAAUCGGAAUUUGGAUGUUUGUGAAUCGUUCUCGAAUCUUCCACAGCCGAAUCGCUCAAGGAUGUAAUGACGGAUGGGCAUGUUGUACCGUGGUUCUAAGUGUUGGAUGGUGCGUCUUUACUCACGAGAGAUGAUGGGUCGUCAUCCAGAAUGAAUUCUUCGGCAAUGACUCUUGUUAUUCCCUGGGCUUUGGGACUGUCGAGUGCCAGUUUGUCACGCAUAGCAAAAGUUUCUGCCAGUGUUAGUUGCGUAGGACCUUUCUUUUUGUCUUCGGUUUUCUUAACAUACUCCUCAUAUUGUUUGUGGUGGUAUUUCGCUAAAUGCUUGAUUAGGUUGGUUGUAUUAAAACUUCUUAAUGCUUUACCAUCACGCUUGACUUUAUUGUGGCAAAUGUUGCACUCUGCCUCUUCGUCUUUGUCGUCCUUUAACGUGAAAUGAUCCCACACAGCUGACAUUUUUACCGAUAAAGUCUCUCAGUAAAUUGGGAGACGGUAAUAUAGUGUGUUUAAGGUGUGCCGUAAAAUGCGGACCCGAUUUUAGUGAAACCGAAGCAAAAACGAAUGGAUUAUGUAAAUCUGUACGCUGGAAAAUCCGGACCGGACUUAAAAAAAAAAAAAAAAAAAAAAGUGGAUCGGAAGUCUGGAUCGGAAUUUUUCAGUGUCGGCCGAUCAGAUACCGAUGCGCAUUUUUUUGCCCAUAUCGGCGUUCGAUCCGAUCCAAAUAUCGGAUCGGGACAUCUCUAAACUGCAUUAACUAUCAAAGUGAAGUCUAACUGUAACUGUAGUCUUGAAACAAAUCUGAAUAACAUUGCAAUAAAAUAAUGCAAACUGGUUAAACUAGUAGCUGAGAUCUGUCAUAACAGAACAUCGCUUCAAUGAUAUCUGGCCUUAUCUAGCGUCGUGAAUGGGUAUAAGUUCUGGACCGCGAACAUAAGACGACCCCCUCUUUUUCAAUCUUAUUUCAAUGCAAAAAACACCGUCUUAUAUUUGGGCCAAUACAGUAUUUAAAAUGAACAAGAAACUACCUAUGACUAAGAGCCUCUUCCAACAAAAUAAACACAUGAACAUUCACUUAUGUACAUGUGAAGAAAAUGCUGAUCAUAUGUCUGGACCACUGCAGGGCUCAUGCAUGUUUGGAGGAGGGUAAGCAUGAGAGCAAGGACGUCUUAUAAUGAAGUGUGUGUCGGUGGGACAAGAGGGCUUAAAAGAUUAAACAGCAGCCUGGCCACGGACAAGGCGAGAAGACCCUUGACUGUGGGAGGUGUCUUCAGUUGCAUCCCAUUUGCAUGACUCCCUCUGUCCUGUUCGGGGAAUUAGCCUUUCUUUAUUUCCCCACAGUACCGCUACCACCCUCUUUCUCUUGUGCGUGCACCUUGGAGAGGGAGCCUCUAUCCAGCGGCAUCUCAUUGGGACAGACAAUGGAGCUCAGUAUUUAGGACACUUGGCAGAGUAGGCAUGUUGGGAGAGGGGGCGACGUGGACAGGGGCUGCUAAGUAGCUCAUCUCGCCUCCUCGCCACAGGCAUGGCAGCUCUCCACUGCAAGGAGAACCAGGCAGUCCUGCUAAUGUUCCAUCAUCAGAGUGUCUAGCUGAAGCCCCUUUCACCAGGCGGUUGUCACAUGGGCAUUAUGCCAAACCUCAUCCUGCUCCUCUUUCUACUGCUGCUGCUCUCCGGCUCCCCUGCAGAUACAUCAAUGCAUGAGGGGGAACCUGACUUUUAUAGAGAUGAAGCCGCAGGUUACGGGCCGGUGUUUGAGGAGCAGCCGUUGGACACAGUCUACCCUGAGGAGUCGCCCGAGGACAAAAUCACCAUGAGCUGCCGGGCUCGAGCCAAUCCACCUGCCGCAUACAAAUGGAAGCUGGACGGUGUAGAAAUUGAUCUGAGCACCGAACACAAACAUUACAAGUUGUCUGAAGGCAACCUUGUCAUCAGCAAGCCCGAUAAAAGUCUACAUGAGGGAAGAUACUCCUGCUUAGCUAGCAAUACGUUGGGGACGGUCGUCAGUCAAGAGGCAUCGGUGCAGUUUGGAUAUUUGGACUUAUUCUCAUCAGAGGAAAGAGAGUCGGUGUAUGUCAAAGAAGGUCAAGGGGCAGUUCUUCUCUGUGCCCCCCCUCCACAUUAUCCAGCCGACCUGUCGUUCCGGUGGAUCCUCAACGAGUUCCCUACCUUCAUCCCUUUGGACAAAAGGCGCUUCGUCUCACAGAUAACGGGCAACCUUUACAUCUCCAAAGUAGAGGCCUCUGACAGUGGCAAUUACUCGUGCAUCGCGUCCAGCGCCUCCAUCUCCAAGAGUGUCUUCUCUAACUACAUCCCGCUCAUACCCCUUAGUGAACGUUCCAUCAGGAAGUACCCAGCUGACCUCAACGUCAAGUUUCCAGACACCACAACGCUAGCGGGGCACAACCUCACUUUGGAAUGCUUUGCUUUGGGGAACCCCGUCCCGGAAAUCCGCUGGAAGAAGAUGAACGGAGAAUUGCCCCCCAACCAUGAGGUGCGCAUGUCGGGGGCUCAGCUGCAUCUAUACAACGUGCGGCCAGAAGACGAAGGGACAUAUCAGUGUGAGGCGGUCAACUCCAAAGGAAAGGACUACCACAGCGCGCAAUUGUCUGUGGAAGCUUUUCCUGAGUGGGUGGAGCACAUUAGUAGCGCAGAAGGAGACCUCGGCAGUGCCUACAAAAUGUCCUGCUUGGCAAGAGGCAAACCCGAACCAAGCAUCCGCUGGCUGAAGAAUGGAAAUCUGUUGGACAGGAAAGAGAUGGCGUUCAGCAGCCUGACAUUUGAAGACUCGGGGAUGUACCAGUGCAUUGCGGAGAAUCCCCACGGAGUCAUCUUUGCCAAUGCUGAGCUGCGUGUGUUUGCCUGCGCGCCCACUUUCGAGCACAACCCGCUGAAGCAUGCCCUCGCUCCUAGAAACGGCCGAGUGGUGAUGGAGUGUCGACCCAAAGCCGCCCCCAAACCUAAAGUCACUUGGAGCAAGGAAACUGAGUUGCUAUCCAACUCCAGCAGGAUGUUCAUCUGGGAGGAUGGCAGUUUGGAAAUCCUCAACGUGACUCGCACAGAUGAGGGUAGAUACACCUGUUUUGCCUACAAUGAUCGGGGCAAGGCCAACAGCACAGGCUCUCUAACAGUGACAGACUCCACAAAGAUCACCUUGGCUCCCUCCAACGCUGACGUCAAAGUGGGGGAAAACGCGCUGAUGGAGUGCAACGCGUCGCAUGACUCCUCCCUGGAUAUCACCUUCAUCUGGUCCCUGGAUGGCCGAGUGAUAGACCUCGACAAAGACAGCCAACAUUACGAACGCACGCUGAACGGGAGUUCAGAUGGUGAGCUGAUGAUCAAGAACGCCCAGUUAAAACACGCCGGGAUUUACACCUGCACGGCGCAGACAACCGUGGACAACGUGACCUCCUCUGCCAGCCUGGUUGUAAGAGGACCCCCCGGUGCCCCAGCAGGGGUGCGAGUGAUGGACAAAAGUGACAAGAGUGCAAUGCUGCAGUGGAGCCGCGGAGCAGACAACCACAGCCCCAUCUCCAAAUAUACCAUCCAAUACAGGGAUUCCUUCUCCCCAGCUGUGUGGAGGAACGCCACCACAUCUCCACCAGACAUUGAAGGGAAUGCAGAGACAGCCACCGUAGUGGACUUGGUCCCCUGGACUGAUUACGAGUUUAGGGUGAUCGCCACCAACACACUGGGCACGGGUGCCCCGAGCAUCCCAUCCCGGAAAGAAAAAACCAUGCCCGCAUCUCCUGUGGUGGCGCCCUCGGAUGUGGGCGGAGGUGGCGGGACAAGCAGGGAACUGACCAUCACGUGGACGCCUGUCCAGGAGCAGUACUAUUACGGGCCGUCCUUUGGCUACAUUGUGGCGUUCAGACCUCGAACUGGCGUUGAGUGGACACAAGUGACUGUUUCGGACCCCCAGGCAAGACACUACGUGCACAAAGAUCCUUCCAUUGCUCCUGCGACAGAAUUCAUUGUUAAAAUCCAAGCAUACAACAGCAAAGGGGAGGGACCCUACAGUCUCCCCAAGACCAUUGUUUCAGCGCAAGAUGCGCCCACUGAUGCUCCUGGAAGCAUUGAUGGUAAAGCGCUGUCUGCCACCGAAGCUAUGGUAUGGUGGUUCCCCAUCACGCAGAGCAACAUAGACGGGUACCAGGUGAAAUACUGGAGGAAACAAGAAGACAGUGAAGGGGGGGCCCAGAUGGUUGUGUUGAUGGGUCGGGAAAACUAUACCAGAGUGGAUGGUAUGAAACCUGAUUCCGUUUAUCUCCUUGAGAUUCGGGGCUUUAACUCGGCUGGAUACGGGCCGGCUAGCGAACGCCUCGAGAUUCACACUAAGAAACAACCUCCUGGUCAAGCUCCAAGGAUCAUAGGUAAAAAGAUGAAGGGUAAGACAGUAAAUGUCGCUUGGGAACAUGUGGAGACGCUGGCAAACGAGGCCCCAGUAGAUGGUUACAAAGUGCUCUAUAGGCCACAGGGCCAACCCGGAGGCAAGCUAUACAUGACCAAGUGGAGACACAUCGAACUCCCUCUCUAUGAUAACGAGACCUAUGUAGUGGAGGUUCGAGCGUAUACUGAGGGCGGCGACGGCGCUGUGUCGCAAAUCUUCAUUACGGGAGGAAGUGUCAUGGCCUCCCAGCCUCUCUGCACACUCGGCCUGCUCCUGGUGGCCCUUCUUUGCCUGAACCUCUGAAUGUAGCAACAUCUUUCUCUUCACCUCCAUGUGAAGGACUCUUUUACGGUUGAAAGGAUUUAGAAGGACUUUGGGACUCUUUCCACAAUCGUUUGGUUCCACUCAUUCCAACUCUUCCCCUUUCCGGAAGAUUCUUGUGGGAUUACACGGAAACACAUGGAAAUGGGCAUCCCUUAUUUAUCCGCGAAAAGCCUCUUUGGAGGAGUAUCAAAGGAGCUCUGUAAACUUUUUGAAAUAUGCCUUAUGUAAAUGUCUGCACUUAUCUUUCACAAAAACUUCUUUCAAAACACAUCAGUCGUUAGCUUUUUGAUACAAACAAAACAACCUACGUUGCAUCCCAUACUUUUGAGCUCAAAAAUCAUCUGUGAAGGAUAAGCGCAUACGUUUACGAGUACCUCUAUACUGUACAUGUCUUUCUUUACCUGCACCUCAAUUCCAUUUUCAUGUUUGUUUUGAUACUAAGAGUGAAGCACGGCCUCUGUUAAGUGGAUACAGUCAAAGCAAAGCUCAACAUUUGACCAACAUAAGUGAGAAAAGACCUCAACAUGGUCAGGUCAAUACCGUAUUUCCUUAUGUAGCAGGCAGGGAUGCAGGCUUCUAUUAGGGGUUAAGCUUUUACCAGGACGAGGGCUUUAAUUGUACAAAUUAACUUUUAGAAGAGUGUACUGUAUAUAUUUUUUAUCAUAUUCAAAUAAUGAUAAUGAAUUUAAAUAUUUAUGAGAUCAAAUAUGUAAUAUAUUAUAGUAUUUACAGUAGUUCCCCACAAUCAAUUCAGCAGCCUUUGCUGAUGCUGCGAAGCUAUACAGAUGCCACUUCUGAAGAAAUUUGAUUAAGUCUAUUUGUGAUGUGGUGUUUGUUGAAUCAAGUGGCACUCACUUCAAUGAAUGGAGGCUACUAUUUGAGGAAAUACGGUAUUUUGAGUGUUCCUUGUUGUUAAUAUUUUGAGAAAUGUUAUGCUGCCAACCAUCGUGGGAACAGUUUGGGGAUGCGGACAGGCAAAAGUACGAACUAUAAAUACACCUCGUAUUUAUGGUUCUCACAUCUUGCCUCACAGUUCUGAGGUUCUGGAUUUGAAUCUCAAUGCUGCCCUUCUUGUGUGUAGUUUACCUGUUCUUCAGAUUUGCUCGGACUUUCUCCGGAAAUUCCAGACUUCCCACAUUCCAAAAACGUCAAGUUCACUGUCGAUUCUAAAUUGUCCAUAAAAUUGGAAAGAAAUUCCAAUUGUAUGCCGGCAAAUUUUAUGGGAACAUAUGGCCAAAUUCCUUUCGGUCCAAUUAUGAAUGACCUCCCAGCACACAACUAAAGCAUUUUUACUAAGGGUGUAACGGUACAUGUAAUUGCAUUGAACCGUUUUGGUUCGUGGUGCUCGGUUCGGAACGGACGCGUACUGAAUGAGUUUCUGAUGUAAUAUAACCCUUAGGGCUCAAAUACACCAGAUGCAUGAUCGUUGCGGUUCCGGUCCGGUUCAGUGUUGACUGCGUGCCACGCAUUACGUCAAAAACAGGCAAAUCAUAGCGGCUGCGCACGGCUGCGGUUCGCCAACUACCCCCCCCACCCCCGUGAGCUCUCGCGUGAUCGCGCGUGAUAAAGUGGUAUUUAAAACAACGACAAACACACGGCGUCUUUACUCAUCAGAGAAGCAGAGGGAGAGCACAUUUUUUCUUUGCAUAUUGAUAUUUUAGUUGUGUCUUUGUCUCUUAAUUCCAGAUUGACUGCAUCAUGUUGAGAUCAAGGCUCUAGGGGGGCGGGGCCUAUUAUGCCCUUGGUUGUGUCGGUGGGCUUAUAUCUUUGCGCACAUUUAAAAUUUAUGACACAAAACAUCUCAAAGAGCUGUUAUAAACAACUGUUAAAUAAUCUAAUAUUUAUAAAAUGGAUAGCGAAUUAUAUACUACACGAACUAAAAAACUGCGUACUUGGAAUUGGUGUCUAAUCACUGCAGAUUCCUGUGCCCAGCGCAAACUAAUGGUUUUUCUGUGAAAAGUCAAGUAAAAUGUAGGAAAGAAAAAAGAGAAACGUCUUGAAUAGACCACCAGGUCGAAACUUGUGGGUUUCUCUUUAUUCUCUUUCGUACUUUUCCUCCUCGACUCUGUAUACAAAUUUCUGCAGUGGAACCACUUCCAGACACGCUGCAUUUUUUUCGCUCAAAGUUGUCAGCACUUCGUGUGUUUGAUAUCAUUGCCAGAAAAACACACGUAAUAGGACACCUUGUAGCUUCCUUUUUAAUGCUGUCCUAAUAGCGAUCUGCUGCAUUGUAAAUCAUUUUGUGACUGUCUACCUCUAUGAUGAAACGUUCUUCGUCCAUGUUCGCUGGUGUUAAAACCAUGAAUAAGCAACUGGGCUGUUGACGUCAGGCCCGGCUCCGCCCAUUUUGUCGGAUGCGUGUCCGGCAAAAAUAGAAAAUAGCCUAAAGAUGGUCCGCAGUCAAUCCGGAGCACUGACACGGCCGGUAUACGUUGAACAAUAGGAUAUAAUGGGAACGGAUUGGCUCCGGCGCUAUUUUUUACCGGAACCGGAACGAUAAUCCAUCUGGUGUAUUUGGGCCCUUACUUUUUGAGGCUGUGAGUCGAUCGGGUUACAGUUUCUUUGUGUAGAUUAUAUUUACUCCGUCUUCUCCACUAUAAUGAGGACCAACACGGUAGGACAGUAGGCUAUAACCCAGACACGUCAACGGCACGACAACGUGGCCGCCGCGAGAACGCAGUGAAACGCGGGCGUUAGUCAAUCAGCCAAUGCACACCAGUUACAGUGCGGCCGCGUGUUAGGUGAGUCCCAGAAGCGGCUCAACGCGACGCAAGCGAAAAGAACGGCAGAGUUUAUUAUUUGACGCGAGACGCGGCCCUCCUGCGUCAAUACUACUACCAGUAGAUAGGAUCGGGCCGGAAAUCACUCGUGUAAAAAUACGGUGGAGCCGGUCGAUUUUCAAACUAAUAUGCAAUCGUAACUUACUUUUUGAGUCCAUCAGAUCUCUUGAGUGGUAGAUCGGGGCACAGUUUAUUUGUCUUUGUUGAUUUACUGCUGCCUUCUCUGCUAUAAUAAUAACCAACACGGCCCCGUGUUCAAUACAAAACCCUCCUACCACAACAAAACAAGUAGGAACUAAUAUUCACAUAGAAACUAAAGUUAUACAACAUAAAAUAUACAAUAUAAAUGAAUACUACAUCACAUUUGUAAAAUAUAAACACAGAAUAAAAUAAUAACCCAUUUAAAUAAAAUGAAAUGAGCUAAAACACCUGUAAUUAAAUAAUAAGAAUAAUACACAGAUCCUGCUUACACAAUUAUAUUUAUUAAUUUCUGUGUGGCGCUUUAACUUGAGAAAAUCCACCAAUAAAGCUUUUGAAAACCGUUCAUAAGAAAAAAAAAAAUUUUCAUUGAGGCAUUUCAUUUGUAAAAUACAUGUUAAAAUCUUUGUCAUUGGGAUUGCUUUUCUCUUUAGCACAGGACUUAUUUUUUCUUCUUUCUUUCAGAAAGAAAGCUGACCAAUCCGCGAGGUCUGAAAGGCAAAUUGUUGUUGGAUUAUCUUUAAAUACCCGCUACUUUUUGAACAGAAUUCUAGCUUUGUAUAGGCUAAUGUUCCUAUUGUUGAAAGCACAAAAGUGUUUAAAACAAAACUAGCACAUUUAUAUUUUGCAUUUUGUUUUCUUACUGUACUGAAAAUGAACCGAACCGUGACCUCAAAACCGAGGUACGUACCGAACCGAGAUUUUUGUGUACCGUUACACCCCUAAAUUUUAUUACAUUUUUAAUUCCUGUGGGUGUAAUGACGAUCUACUUUUGUCUAUCAAGUGUAUUUAGAAUGACCAAAUACGCUCUGAUGCUCAAGGGCAGCAAUGAUUCAGCACACAUGAACAAUACAGGCCACAGAAGUUUAUGAACUCAGUAUUCAGCCACGAGUGGAGGAGACGCUCAACAUGCUGACACUGCCAGACAAACAUUUUGCUGUAAAAUUACCAACUGGGGAAGCACAAAAGCAGAUGCUUGGAUUGGAAAUGCGAGAGGACGUUAUUAUCAACACAGGAAAAGUCAUCUUCUGUCCUGGCAUGUGACUCUGAGUGACUUUAAUUUAUGAAGCUCAGUGCUAAGAAGGCUUUGUUUUGGAUGUGGUCCACUCGCUUCUCAGGCUGCAUUGUCACAGAUUAGCAGUUUUAACAAUUUAGAUGGAGUCGAGUCAAUGUACUGUAUCUCAUAAAGCUCGUUCUCAUGUUGUUUUUUCAUGAGUGAACUGAAUUUACUGAUAUGACGCAUAUGCAAGCUUUGUGAUUGCUGGCAUGAGCUAUUUUUGCUUUGGCUGUAUCAUAAAAAAAAAAAAAAAACACAUCAGGAUUAGUUUGUGUUUCCUUGUCUUUUUUUUUUGUCUUGCGUCAUGUGAAGUUUUAGUCAAGCAGUCCAGUACAGUUUGGUUGGCCACAUCAGAAUAAACGAUUAGCAUACAAAACCAUGUCUUGAGCUACCAUAUGCAGACAAACUAAUGUACAGAUGUGAUAUUAUAGGACUUGUUACCUGAACAGGUAUUUUGACUAUCUUCAUAAUAUGCCAAUGUAUGUUUCCACUAAGCAGUAUAGUCUUGAGCAGCUCCCUACGGUAUGAUUCAGAUCGCUGAAAUCCGAUAAGUUAUCACUUCAGAAUACCAAUGGCGGUUCUAAUAAAAUCAGCAAUGAAGGUAAAUGAGACACAUUUUUUUAAAAAAAAUUAAAAAUUAAGGUUUGGACGUACAGGAUAUUGCAACCUCAUAGGAAAUGAUGUACAAAAAUACUACAAAGAGUGCAUUCCUUGCCAAAAUCCUACAUAUUUUACAAGGAAACCAACAUAAAAUUGCCAACUUCACUGAAGUGAACUGACCAUGACUGCUAAGUGAAAACAAGGCUUUAGCUUUGUGUUUUUAGAAAGUUACCCACAUUCCAACUUAAUACUGUCAUACUUGGCUACUUUUUAAUUCACAUAACAAGACAACAUGUCUAGCUCCUCUUACUGUACCAUGUUUUAUUGUUACAGGACAAUAGGACUAAUUGUUAUUUUUCUCAAACAUUAUACAGUAAAUGUCAUACGUCAAAAAGCUGCGUUUGGAUUUUACCGCGGCCAUGCUUUCUAUGUUGUGAUCAUCUACCGCAAAGUGCUUCUCCCAGUUCCCCCCUUCAAUCCAACAGAUGAACGCAAAGGGUUGCCAAAUGCAUGACUGCCUUGAUGGUUAGCGACAUUUUCUUUUUUUUUUUUUUUUUUUUAAAUUCCCUGUUGCAACGCUUACAUUCUAACAUGCAUGAAAGAUUUCAUCCUUCGUGGCAUCCCUUUACGGCAACCGAGAGUGUCCUAACUAAACCUCAUCUGUGCUUAAGUUGCCUGUCGUUUGUCAUGAAGGGUUUGGGAGUGAUUGUUUUUUUUAUUUUUAUUCUUUCUAGAAAGAACAUCUAAAGCAUAGUUGCCACAAGUGAGGGGUCAAACUGGAAGUGCUCGUUGGUUGGACAAGAUACAAUAAAAGUGUAGUAAAUUAUUGGCUUGUUUAUUUUUUAUACAUGUAAAAAAAGUCACCUCUUUUAGUGCGUGGGACUUACUUGCUGCGUGAAACCUAUGAAAGAUUUGCCUCUGACUUAAAGUAUAAUCAUUCACUGUCAAAUUGUGGCCUGUACCAAUUUCUAUGUUGUUUUAUGCCCAAGGCAAAAGGAAGCAGCUCACUAUAAGUACAUGGUUUAAAAUCCAAUUCAUCAUUAAUUAGGCUUGUCUAAACUCCUUCACCACACUACCCACUUGAAGCAGUCAUCAGGCAUUUGAAUUUUCCGCACAUGUCAUAUCCAGCUUUGAAAUGGUUCCUUGUUGAGUUUUCCUGAAAAAAGAAAAAUCUUUCCAUAUAUAUAUAUAUUUUUUACGCAAACCAAUAAUCUUUGAUGUGUUUGGACCUAUGGUAGAUUGUGUCAUUGCAAAAGAAAAAAGGAGAAAUGAUCAUUCAUGAUUCAGGUUUAAAUUACCAUUCUUUUCUCUGUUCCAGUAUGGAUGAUGAUUAUACACCAAACAGAUCCAACAGAUAGAUUUAAAAUGUAUUUCAUCAAUCUGUCAAAAUGUCCGCAACAUCUUAAGCAAAAACAUCUGCUGGACUUUGGUCUACUAUCAGGUGUCCUGCUGAUGAAAUGAAGAUUUAUAAUAGUGUUUUAAGUCAUCCCCGAUUAAGUAACCCUUUUUAAAUAAUGUAUAAAUAGUGGAUAUAUAUGAGAAAAACUGUCCUAACUUAAAUAAAGUAAACUGUACAACCAUUUGACAGGAAAGCUGAACAAAAAUGUUAUCUAUCCAAAAUAAUAUUAAUUUAAGGUAUGAUUAUAUGUACACAUUUUUUAUUGUAUUCUAUGUUCAUUCGCCCCGCCCAGUCAAAAUGGAUUGGACAUCCAUUGUUGUCAAUGGCACUGAAACAUGAACUUUCACAGCCAGUCUACCUGGUUUGAAUGAAUUGGACGUCUAUCACCAUCGAUGGCAUGCAAUGAGUUAAAUAAUAUGGGGAAAAAAAUCAUAAGUGUCACUGGGGCCGUAACCACAAUGUACAGUAUUUCUGUUUGUAUGUAGUUAACAUUGUAUUCAUUUAUACAUGUAUUUAUAAAAAUAUAUACAACAAUGAAUAUAAUUAUGAUUAACAUAUAUUUAAUUAUAAUAAUUGCUAAUAUCUGUU